CUUGGAUUUUUGAAUGAGUAGUCGUAGAAAUGACAAAUAUUAAGUCUAAUGCAUAUAACACAAAGCUCAAGGCUCUGAAUGAAGCUUGUUCCAAGCUAGUGAACAACGCGAGUAAUUUGCUAUCUUCAAAUGACAUCACUGGCUUGCUGAAAUUUUUUCAAAACACCUUACACAACAUACUGAAAGAUAUACAAGUCCUCACUAUUGAGCGCUUUACAAACAGAACAAAUGAUCAGGAGUGGAGGUCAAAAUAUUUACCACAAUUAGACUACGGGACACUAUAUUUAUGCCUUUUAACGAUUUCAGAGCACAUUCAAAAGCUUACCAACCAGAGCGCUGUCUGUGAACACUUACUACGUACAAUCCAAAGUCUUAUAUUUUGUUUGGAUUAUGAUUGUUUGGAAGGUGUACCGUUAGCCGUCACAUGGAUGUUACUGUAUUUUCCGUCAAAUAUGCAGUCUAGCGUUAUUGAUCUGCUAUGUUCGGUGGUGGUACCAUUGAUUUAUAAUAUGUCAGAUGAUCAAGAAUCUUAUGCAAUAGACUGUAUUCCAUCGAUUUUAACACUGGUAUUUCAACAUGUAGAAAAAGUUGAAUAUCAUGUUUGGGUAUUAGAGAGCUUUAUGUCCAGAAAGAAAGAUUUAUACAAAGAUUUAUUGAUGAUUAUAGCUUAUGGACCAACAGAAGCUAGACUUCCAGCUGUUUGCUUAUUUUUUCAUUAUUGGCCAGAAAAUUAUCCAACGGUAUUCUAUGGAAAUCAAGUGUUACAACCAAUACAUUACACAUGGGAAUCUUGGAAACCGAUUAUGUGUUACAGAAAUGAUUGUCCUAAUAAAACUGGAAAAGCUUUAGCAAUGAAGAUGACUGUUAACCCGAAAAUAUCAAUUCAACAAAGUGGCAAACCACCACCUUUGUACGUAUGCUUAGAUUGUGCUGAUGCAUUAAAUCGUCUAGAUUUUGAUCAGUUGACAGAUAUUCUUUUACCUACAAAACAUAUAAGUCUAACAUGUGAGUCAAAAACAUGUCGUAGUAAAAAUAACUCAGCUUCUGUUACAUGCUGGUCUGCUGGUUGUACAUAUUUGACUGGGAACAGAGCGAUAAGGCUGUGUGAAUUAUGCCAUACAAUGAGGCAUAUUUAUCCCAAUAUAAAUCAGCCAUCAGUUGACCGAAACACAAAACAAAUGGAAACGAAUUUAAUUCAAAAUACUUCAGAUACUACUACUGUCUUUGAAGUUACUAAUACUAAUGGAAUUAACAACGAUAAUGAUGACGAAAAUGAACACAGUACAACACACAUUUAUCAAAGUUCACUACCAGAUGUAUGGGAUAUGUCAAUUGAUUCUCAACCUUGUAUGAUUCAAUCAAUAGUUUCGUUAACAUUAGAAACUAUGCCACGUUGGCGACAAGUAUUACUAGGUGGAGUUGAAAAUGGAGAUGAAAGUACUAACAGAGCAGUUGCUGGCUUAACAUGCCCAAGUUCCUCUGCCCCUGGAGGUCCGACAUCCACUAAUGAAAUGGUUAUGCUUGGACUAAGUGGCGGAAGUUUGAUCUCAUCAAAUCUACCUGGUAAUCCUGGGAAUAAUACAAAUACAGUACAAGUUGGCGGAGGUACUAUAGGACAAACAAGUUUCAGUGAUUUUGGAACAAACCCAGUAACUGGAACAAUAACUCGUAGUCAAACAGUUUAUGGUAGCUAUACUGCUAAUAGUGGAAUUGCUGGUAUUAACGAUUUUGCUAACAAUACUGGAACAGAAACUGGGGCAAUUACAUUACUUGGUCGUUAUCGUGAUGAAGAUCAUAGAGUUUUGGCCAUAUAUGGUGCUUUCUUAGUGGGUGAAAAAUGUCGACCACGUGAACGAAUUAAUCUUGAAUUACUGACACGAAUAACAGCUGGUAUCUUUAAUUGGUUUUUGGAUACCAUCUAUACAGCAGAAGCAAAUAUCACCUUCGAUGGUCGAGGAAAUUUGAGACGACGAUAUGAAUUGGGUGACUUAUUGGAACGAAUUAAAAGUGAAUACAUUUUAAAAUGGAUUCAAGAAGUGCAUCGUCUUCAUCCUGAAGCUAUCUAUGCAGUAUUACUUCCUCAUCCAUUAAAUUAUGCUCGAGUUGGAAGUUGUUGGGAUGUGAUCAGUGAUCAUUUAUCAAGAAUUAAACAUGGUCUCAGUCGUAUUGGUAGUUUAAUACCAUAUGAUAUUAUUACUUUUGAGACUUGGGAUUUUGUAAUGCCCUACUGGUUAGAAUCAAUUCGAACCGAAGUUCCAAGGGCUGAUUAUCCAGAAUUAGAAAUUCUUCUCAAAAAAAUUUUCGAUGCAACUGCUGGACCAUUUCCUUUUUUACCACAGAAAGUUUAUCAUUUUACUAGUGAACGUUUUAUCAAUACUCCAGUUAGUGUACAAGAUCAAGCUUUAAGUUGGUUAGAGAUCCUAACGAUUGUUGAGGUUCCAAUCCCUAUGAAAGAACUACUUACAAUGUUUGCAGCUGGUGUAGCAUCCUUGUUUUUAGAACUCUUGUUACCUACUACCGAUGAGUCUGAUGAGGACUACUUAACAGAUCAAGAUGAGUAUGAUGAUUCAGUGGGUCAGAACACUGCUAGCGAAGCUGAUUGGUUAAAUGAAAAUGAACUUUUGUUAGACAAUGUUGUUCAUGGAGAUCGUUUACAAGAUGAAGAAGAGAGUGAUAUUUACUUAGAAGAUUCAAGAGUAGAUGAAGAUGAUGAAAAUGUCGAUAGAACUCCUGCACCGAUUGAUAAUCAGUUUUUAUCAGAAGACAAUGAAUAUAUAGAAGAAGGCGAAGAUGACGAUCCAACAUUGGAUGAAACAAAAAGUCUGUUAUCCUAUAAUAUUGAUGAUAAAAACACUUCUAAAUCAUUUACAUCCAACACUCUACUUAAAACCAAUAAACAAAAUCGAACAAAACGAAAUACAAUGAACGAAUCUAAUAAUACUUCAUCAGUGACACCGGGAUCUAAUCUUAAAACUGAUGAAAGCUUACAAAAUAAAUUGACAAUUCAACAAAAUAUUUCAGAAGAAAAUGAUAAACAACAACAACAACAACAAUUAAUUCAAGAAUCGGAAACUAAAGAUACAAAUGAAUUAACAACUGAUCAAGCAGUAAAAAAACAUAGUUCAUCACAAAUUAAUCAAUACAGAAUUACUGCUUGUUUAACACAUAUGCUAGAUAUUGCAUAUCGUCAGUUAAAAAUAAUGGAUCCAAUCGGACAUUCUGGUUACACACAAGAAACACCACAAUUAUUAAUAUGGCUUUUAGGUGAUAUGUUAGAAUUGUAUUGUGGUAAUGUUGCUGAAACAGCUGAUCAAACAACAAGUCCAGGUUUAAGAAAUCUAUUUUGCCUUGGCUUGGAAACUUGUAUUCUACCCAAAUCUAAAAACAGAUUAUCAGGCAAUUUGAUAACACCGAUGUCAACAAGUACAGCUCCAGCGGCCAAUGAUGAAAAUGUCAAUAACACUAAUGAAAUGAAUAUAAACAAACAAACAGAUAAAGAUGUUGGUGAAUGUAUUGAUUGUUUAGAUAUGCUCACAUGGUUUAAUUAUGCUAGAUUGAUAUGCCAACAUUUAGCACCAAUAAGACCAACUCCUAAAGUUACAGUUGAUUUUACUAUUGAUGCAUUAAAAGGUGUAAUGGAAUUUCCAGAGUAUACUGAUUGGAGUGAUUCUGGCAACAACGAAACAUCAGAAAUAAAAUCUUUAGCUCCUAGAUCAGAAGUUACUGAAAUAUCGGAAAAACUUCCAUCUUCUGAAGAUUUAUGUUCCAUUCCACCCAUAUUGCGUCUUAUUUAUUUAUUGACACGAUUUAUAAAGGAAGGUACACGACGUUAUGUUGAAUGUAAAAAAUUAGACAAUGAGCCUGAUAGUUUAUUUCAGGAUACAACACCAGUGACAAUAACAGACGAACAGACAACUUCCUCUCCUUCAUUUCCCGUCGUAAACCAGACUCCAAUUGAACUGAAAACUUUUCGCGAUCCUGUAGUAUUGCAGUGUAUUUUAGAAUGCUUAGCAUAUCUAUGCCAUACUGGUGAUGCACUGAGACAAAUUUUAUCAAAAGCAGAAAGAGAAGAACAAAAAUUGUCGACCGGUGGUUCUAGUAGUUCAACGACCAUACCAACUAAUACAGUAAUAACCACCAGUGGUGUAGCAAACGUUGUGAGUACCACAACAACUGGAACGCUUGGUAUUAACAGUCUGAUAGGAUUAACUGGAAGUAAGCUCGCAAGUCAAAUGACUGGUCAAGAUUUAUCAAUCAAAAGUCAAUUAAUACAAACUACAAAAACUUUAACAUCCCGUAACUGUACUGCAACACCAAGAGAACAAAAAAAUUUUGUUUAUUAUUUAAUACAUUCUCAUUUAAUCCCAAGUUUUUGGAGUUUAUUAAAAUCUGAAUUAUCAUAUUUAGCCAGUUGGACAGUUCCUUUAAUUCUACACUGUUUAUCAUUUCCUGGUGGAUUUAAUGUAUUUUGGAAAUUGAUUGAACGUGAUUUUUCACAUUAUGAUUGGAGAAUUCGUUUUGAUGCAAUAGAAAAAGUAUCAGUAUUACUUAGAGAAUUAGAUUAUUGUAUAUUAGCUGGUGGUUUCAGUGGUUCAGCUGGAAAUAAACUUAAUCAUUUAAUAUCUGGUGGAAGUAUGGCAAGUUCAGGUGCAACAAAUCUUUUCAGUCGAUUAACUGGUAUUACACAUAUAGGACGUACUAAAUUUAAUCCAGGUCGUAAAAAUCUACCUAGUGGUCAUGGAAUAAAGCAACAUGGUGGAACACAUACAGAGCCAAUCAAUAAAGCACAUGCUCAUCCAAGUAACAAUCGUCAUCCAUUAAUUCAAAGUACCAUAGCACAUGCAUUUUGUUGUUUGAUUGGUUCAUUAGAUGAUCCGAAUUCAAUGGUAGCGCAAUAUACUUCAAUACAAUUAGCAUCACUAAAUAAUGUUUCAUUAGCUUGUGCAAUACAAUGUUUAGAAUUUCAAUUUGAUACUGUAAUUUCCGACCGUUGUCUCAUCCUACAACGCAUGCAUCAACUUAGUUGUAAUCUACCGAACAGGGAAAUAUUUACAUGGGAUUUUUUUGUCAAUCGCUUUAGUAUAUUAGCUAUACAGGCUCAACUAGGCAACUCUCCUGGUCAAGUCGAUAUUGAUUCAGUGACAGAUUUAAAUGGAUCACAUCGUACUGGUGAACAUUUUCAAAAUCAAUUUGAACGAGCAGCAUUUGCAAUAUAUAAAAGUUCUGGAAUUAAAUCAAUCAGUUUAAAUUCUCAUGCUUAUUCAUUAAGAUUUAGUCCACAUACAGUUGAAAGUUUUGCUCAAACACAACAAUUACAAAUCAACCAACAAUCAAGUACAAAUUCAACUAUACAAGUGCAAGAUGAAUAUAAAAAUGAGAAUGAUGGACAGAGAAAAACCUCAGUUCACAUCGGACCAGAUUCUAAUAUGUUGGAUACCAUACAAAGACCACAGUUUAGAUUUAGUCAUGGUGGUAGAAGAUCUCGUCCAUCAAUAUCAUCUGUUUGUGGUUUAUUAACAGGUGGUCUACAAGCUAGUGAAUUUAUUGAUAGUAAUAACAAAUUUCUAAGUUCAAUACAACAAGCAUUAGAUUUGGAUGGCAAUGAACGUGAUACACUUCAUCAAUGGGUUCGUUUAUUACUCAAGUUUAUGUCUACAGUGCAGUUGGAUUUAAAAUUAGAUGAAAGUUGUACAAGUGGAAAUAGUGGAGCUAGUAGUGGUGUGAAUGGAGGUGCAGGUAGUGGAAUAGGUAACAGCAGCAGUGGUAGUGGUGGUGGUGGUAGUGGUAGUGGUAGUGGACGUCACAAUAUAACAAACAAGUCUAGAGAUGAAUUAAAAGAUAGAAAAGCUUUAAGCAAAGCACAAAGACAUUUAGCAUUUUUACUUGGUUAUACAGAUGGUUCAUUUGAUAUACCUCCACAUAAAAUGAGGAAUUCCACGGUUUUUCAUGCAUUUUUGGCACAUGUUGCUGGUGUACUCGAUCGUAAUUUUAGUAUGGGCUGUUGUAUUCUACAUCAAACUCUAGUUGUUCUCCAAUUCUGUGCAUCACCUCAACGUUAUGCUACUGAUACACAACCGCCAACAUUUACCUUGAGACUAUUAGAACCACAAGUUCGACUUCAUUGGCUGCAAACACUUUUAGUUAUCUUGUAUAAAUAUGAUUACAAUGCACCAGGUGGUAAUCUCACAGGAAAUGCGAAUAUUUCUAGCGGUAUCUCCUAUAGUUCAAGUGUCAUAACUUCUCAUAUUCCUAAUCCAAUAUCCAAUACUUCAGUUGGAGGAGGUGUAUCAUGCGUUAACAACGCAAAUAGUAGUGGCAGCAGUCGUAUGCACAAAACAAGUUCAGAAAGUGAAACACAACUACAGUUGGAUAAUGCAACUGCAAAUUCAUCGGGUGUGGGAAGUAACAGUAAUAGACUAAAUCCAGGAGGUGGCAAUGUCAGUACUAGUGGUGGUAACAAUACCACUAUAUCUGGUUCAUCUCAAUUCGCCCCCUCCAGUCUCCUUGGAGGAGGUAACACAAAUCUAUUGUCAUCACAAUCAAACGUCGUCGGUGGAACUAGAGGUAUGAUAGAAUAUCUUAUACAAAUUGUUCUAAACACUUUGGAUUCACAUGUUCAUGUUUGCCGAGAUCGUCCAAACGAAGAUUUGAUCGCCCCAUUGAAUGCCCAAUUGAGAUUAAGAGAGGCAAGUAAUGUAAGUGCAGAUUUCAAUACAAUCCUAGAAACUGCAACACCAUUAGCUACACCAAUUCAAGAAGAAUAUGAUGACGAUGAUGAUGAUGACGAUGAAAACACAGUUAUAAUGCCUGGUGUAACUAUAAAUCUAUUACCAUCAUCGAAUGAAUUAAAUGAAAAAUCAAAUUUAAACUCGAAUACAAUAAGUCAACAGCAACAACAAAAACAGUCAACCAAUUCUGAGGAUAAAACUGAUGAUGUUAUAUCUACAGUGAAGAAAACUAGUAAUGAGCAAUCGACGGUUAGUGAAAAGCAAACUGAUAUACAAAGCGAAACUGAAGCAACUAUUAUUGAUGGUGAUGAUGGCGACAAUCUUGAUGAAUCUAAAAAACACGAUGAACAAAACAGAAAAUCAUCCAAUUUAUUAAGUGGAAUCGGUUUCGGUAGUAAAAAGGUUACCACCUCGAAAUCAGUUAUCUCAAUGAAUAAUCCCAUUCUACAACGAUCACAAGUGAAAGAUCAGCAGUUAAUAAAUACCCCGCCGAUUUCUUUGAAAACAAAAUUAGAUGAUGAAAAACAAAGCACACCAUCGAUUGAUCCAUGUACAGUAACACAUAAUGAACAAUCAAUCAUUACGUUAUUAAUCAAAUUUUCUUUAUCUUGUCUAUCCUAUGCAGAAAGAAAACUCAAGUCUACCAGAACUGAUUCAUCUAGUCAUAUUCAGCAAAAUCAACAUUUAGACUCAUUAUCCGAUUUAGUACAUCUGGUGCCCAAAAGUAAACGCACAAAUCUCCAACAAAGUAAACCCAAUAUGUCACAUCCAUUAGAAUCUGGUGACAAUUUACUAUCACAGAAUUAUGCAUCUGCUAAUGAUUCACCUGGAAAUAAUUCAUUAAUGAUAGAUCGUUCACGAUCUACUGCUGAAGGUUAUAAUUUAUUUGAAGGAGUAAAAUUAGAUAAAAAAUCAGAAAAUACAAAGAAGCAUAGUUAUACACCAUCUUCUUCUUAUGCUACCAAUGCUGUUGUUACUACUUCCUUGAAUUAUACAACUUCAAAUAUUCACUCACAUAUUUCUAAUGCAAAUACAAUGCCUAGUUUAACAGCCGCUGCAAUAACUAUGGCAUUGACCACUGAAAGAUGUCCAUGGUGUCAGUGUAUUCUAGAUCAUUAUGAUGAAAAUACUAUUGGUUUAGGUAUUCUAUGUUUAUCUACAUUUGUGCAUCGUGAACCUAGUUUGGCAGCUCCAUAUUUACGUGAUAUGUUGUUAGUUAUAGCACGUCUAGCCAAUGCAUAUUUCUAUUCAUGGCAACCUGAACUACCACAUGUGAUUAGUCCAGGAAAUGUGGCGAGCAUUGCUCAUCAGUUUCUUCGUUGUACAAUGUAUAAUCUAGCACCAAAUGGCCUGUUUACUCAACUGUUUCAAACUCGUAUUACAGAUGAUAAUUUCUUCAGAAUAAUCAUUUCUGUGCUAGUUGAUUUUGAAGAUCAUAUGUCCAUUUUUCAACCAAUCAGUUUAUUGUUGGAAUCACUAAACAAACAAAAAUCAAUUAAUCAUGAUACUCUACCUAUCUUAUUAGAAAAUCUUGCUAAUUAUUUAGAACAUUUACCAAAUUUAACCGAUGAUAGUAAAUUAAAUCAUUUUAUAGCCUCCGGAUGGACUGAUAUGAUUGGACCAUUGGAUUUAUUUUUAAGAAAAUUAACCACUGUUACACCGAUACCAAUUAAUUUAGCUACAACUGUACGUAUUAUGACCUAUGUAUUACGUUCACCUGUUGCAUCGAAUUUCAAGACACUUCCGGAUACAUUUUCAAAUUUACUUCGUAUUAUUGUCGAGAAUGUACAUUUUCGUUUAACUAGCGUCAUUGAAUUAUGCUCACUAAGUAAUCGAGUUUUGAAAGAUCGUACUAAAGCUCAAUUGAGUCGAACCAUGGUUGAUAUGUUUUAUCAAUCAAUUAAAUUUCGUGCUUGUAUACCUGAUGAAAAUUUGAUAAAAUUAUUACAAUUUAUUCUCAUGGAUGCUGGUGGUACCAUAGAACCAAAUCAAGUUGUUGAAGGUUUAACAACACUAUUUAAUCCACAAACUUAUCAUUUAUUUCCAACUGGUGCAGCUGAAUUAAUGAGACCACAUUUACCUGACUGUUUAGCUUUUAUAUCAGAUAUUCAUACAAUGCAUAAGAUUAAACAGUCUCAAAAAUCAGCAGUUCAGUUGAACAGUGUCGGUUAUGGACUUGGUUCUUCAUCUACGAUGCCCGGGUCUAAUCCGUGUAACAAUGGCAAUCUUGAUUCAAACACACUGCCCAGCGGUGGGGGUGCAAUAUCAGGGAAUCUUGGUAGUAGUUUGUUUGGUGGUUUUAAUUCGUCAGGAGUAUCUAACUCUGGAACUGGAGCUACAGGUGCUAAUUCUAACGUUGGAUUAGGCACAAAUAUACCAAGUUUGCAUGAAGAUGUUUUAGGCGCACAUUUAAAAUCAGGUUUAUCACAGUAUGUUUCAUUGGAAUUAUCCAGAUCUAACAGUGUAAGUGAUCAAGAUGUUUUACCUUUACUUGCACCUGGACUAUUAGCUGAUAUAAAAACAAUGCGGAGUAAUAAGAAUCCAGCACCUGGAUUGCCUGCUAGAUCAAAAGCGGUCAGUAGUGCUCCCAGUUCAAAUGUCACUUCAACGGGAUUGGUGGGAAAGAACUCAAACUUACCAUCUGAAAGUGGACAUACUGUAAAUGUGGAACAACUAAGUGCACAAAUUAAACUUAAUAAAAGUAGUGGAUCAGGUGUAAAACAAAAUGAAGCUCAUCCAGAUACAGCUAUUAUUGUUAUUACUGAACCAGAUGUGCACCCUUCACUUGGUAAUCAAUCUAGCGAAACUGACUAUGCUCAUCCAGCUACACCGAUAACUCAAACAUCCUCAACUAAAAAGCAAGAAGCUACUACUACAAAAUUACUUCCUUCUGCACCUCCCAGUCCAUUACCACCUAUUUCACACGAUCAGAUUUCCACUGCUACCAUUACAACUGCAUCUAUUUCAAAUUUAACUCCGCCAAAUACUGUCUCAUCUACAUCUAGCAUACCUCAAACAAUAUCUAGUCCAAACUUAGCGAAUUCUCGACACCCAAACUAUGCACAUGUGAUGCUCGCUUCAACAUUUUCACAUACAGGCCAUUCAGAAGCACUUGUAUUACAAUAUUUACCUUGGUUAAAAUCCACUCCACCCUCAUCUCAAUUAGGACCAAAAGAUUUUCUCAUCAUGGUCGAAAGAGUUCGUACAUUAUCUUGGCUUUUACUUGGUGCCACAAUGAAUAUGGCAUUGACACGUGAAGCUACUGGCUUAUCUUGUCGUCCUAUACCAUUUAAUUUAGUGGCUUCAGUGGCAGAUUUAGUCAAAGCAUUGUUAAGUGGCUUUCCUGAUCAACAAAAACAAUCUGUUACAGUAAUGUCUUCACUGUAUCAUGUAUUUCUGCUAUGUCAGGUAUGGACUAUUUAUUGUGAAACUGUUGCCAGUCUCUCACCAGUUAAUUCGAAUCAGCAUAAAGCAGCUAUGGCGACGGCAUUUGAUUUUUGGAUGAGAAUUAUGCCAACUAUAUUACGUCUAUUAUCUAUUUCUGAAGAUUUUGUAAUUGUGAGUGGCCGUCUUUUAACCGUUAUUGAAGAGCUCAUGGAAUGUCAGUCAUCACUGGUUUCAAAGCUGUUCACAUUGUGGAUGCCACUUUUACAUGGAAGACAUAGACAGCUUCCAGGUAAUAUGCUUAAGCGCCUACAAAAAUGUGUUGAAUGGGAACCACCUGAACCAUACAACCGAUUGUUACUCUUGUUAUCUUUACGCGACCCAUUAACCAAUAGUCGUUUGUCAUCAGGUUCAACAAUAGGUUAUUGUGAAAAUCUAUCAGGAGCAUCAAUCGCUGGAACUGCUAAUACAAUCUCCCCAACAAAUCAUGAAAAAGCUUUGAUUCAUUCGACUAGUUCAUCAUUGCCAGGAUGGACUGAAAGCUCUUUAUUAGCUUGCCAGGCGAAUUCAUUAAUGGGAUGUAAUUUAAUUCCAAAAUCUCUUAAAGAGUGUUUAACUGAAGGUGUUAAUUUAACUGGUAGUACACAAUGCAUUGGACAUGCAUUAGCACCGAGUGCACCAUAUGCCAAUGAUGGAACAGCUGAUGGAGUUGGUUUGGAAGCUGGUGCAAUGGGUUCGGAUUUAUUGACUAGUCGUUUAGUUGCAUGGCUAAAAAAGCAUAUAUUUGUAUUAGGACGUAAUGAAGAUCAACAUUCUACAGCUACACAUAUUUUUGUCCAUUGAAGGAAAUGGUUCUUAAAAACUGCUUAUUGGACUUUUUUUAUCAUAUAAACUGUGAUAUAUAUUUUAUGUAGAGUGAUUUGUUCACCUCAUUUAUUUAUGUGUAUAUCUCUAUCACAUGUAAUAUAAACACUAGUCAAUUACUCAUCCC